AUGACUCGCCAAGCUCUUUCUUUCUCUUUCUCUCUCCCUCUCCCCCCUCCCCUCUUCCCGUCACUGGAGAAGCAAGAUGUCGAAAAUAGCCUCCACCUCCUAGGGAGUUCAGCCUUCAAUCUGGAUGUCACCGAAACCAUCCUCAAGUAUGGAGAAAACGGCAGCUUCUUUGGCUUCUCAGUGGCAUUGCACCAGCAGCUCAGACCACAGCCUGUCAGCUGGUUGUUGGUGGGAGCACCACAGGCGGCUGCUUUGCCAGGUCAAAAGGCCAACAGGACUGGCGGCUUGUAUGCCUGUCCCUUGACCCAUGAGAUUAAUGACUGCCACCGAGUGCCCAUUGAUGAGGGAGUUGACCUGAAGAAGGAGAGCAAGGAGAACCAAUGGCUGGGAGUCACCGUCAAGAGCCAGGGGCCCGGCGGCAAGAUUGUGACCUGUGCCCACUUGUACGAAGCACGGAACCGGGUAAACGAAUCUCUGGAGACGAGGGACGUAAUCGGCCGCUGCUACAUGCUCAGCGAGGGGCUGCAAGUCUCUGACGAACUGGAUGGCGGCGAGUGGAAAUUCUGUGAAGGGCGGCCACAGGGACACGACCGCUUUGGCUUCUGCCAGCAAGGAGUGGCGACCGGCUUCACUGCAGAUAGGCAUUAUAUCCUCUUUGGAGCGCCUGGUACCUACAACUGGAAGGGGACCAUACGGGCAGAGCUGAGUGGCUUGAAUUUGAGUUACUACGACGACGGGCCGUAUGAAGCCGGGGGAGAGAAGGACCAGGACCCCUCGCUCAUCCCCUUGCCUGCCAACAGCUACCUUGGGAUAUUGUUUGUGACAAACAUUGAUAGCUCAGACCCUGACCAGCUGGUCUAUAAAACGCCAGAGCCCAGCGAACGGGUUCCCGGGAGUGUUGGAGAUGUGGCCCUCAAUAGUUACUUAGGGUUUUCCCUUGACUCUGGAGUGGGGAUUACCAGGAAGAAUGAGCUGAGUUUUGUAACAGGGGCUCCUCGAGCCAACCAUACAGGAGCUGUGGUGAUCCUGCACAAAGACAACGUCAACCGCCUGGUGCCUGAGGUUAUCAUCCCAGGAGAGAAGCUCACUUCAUCCUUUGGCUAUUCCUUGGCUGUGGUGGACCUCAAUCAUGAUGGCUGGAUGGACCUGGUGGUCGGAGCACCGAACCUCUUUGACCGCAAGGAAGGGAUCGGAGGAGCAGUCUACGUUUAUAUCAACCAGGCAGGGCACUGGGACAAUGUCCUCCCCAUCCGCCUCAAUGGUUCCUAUGACUCUAUGUUUGGCAUCACAGUGGGGGCUGUUGGAGACCUCAACCAAGACGGCUUCCAAGACUUUGCAGUGGGAGCCCCAUUGGAUGGCGAUGGCAAGGUCUACAUCUAUCACGGCAGUAAUUCAGGGUUUGUCACCAAACCUGCUCAGAUUCUGACUGGGGAGAGUGUUGGCGUCAAGAUGUUUGGAUAUUCCUUUUCUGGAGGGUUGGAUAUUGAUGGCAACCUCUACCCAGAUCUCCUAGUGGGAUCUCUUUCCAACACAGUAGUCCUAUACAGAUCCCGACCUGUCAUCCGCAUCUCCAGAAAUGUCACCAUCUCCCCCCAGAAUGUUGACCUGGAGGCUAUGAACUGCCGCCACCAUGUAGGCAUUUGCAUGGAUGUAAGAGCCUGCUUCAGCUACACUGCCAACCCCCCAAGCUACAGCCCAUCCAUCAUGCUUGAGUACACUUUUGACGCUGAUACUGACCACCGGAAAUCAGGCCAGGCUUCCCGAGUCACCUUCCACAACCAGAAGCCCACAGACGCUGAGCACCAGUUCUCCGGGGUAGUGGAGCUGCCCCAGCAACAUGUCCGUUCUUGUACCAAGGCCACACUACAGCUGAAGGACCAAGUCCGGGACAAGCUGCAUCCCAUUGUGGUGAUGAUGAACUACAAUAUCAAGCAUGCCCGCAGCAAGCGCCAGGCCCAUGGCGCCACGCUGGGCCCACUAAUGCCGGUGCUGAAUGUUGUGCCACCCAGCACUCAGAGGACAGAGGUGAAUUUCCUCAAGCAGGGAUGUGGGGAGGACAAGAUCUGUCAGAGCAACCUGCAGCUGAACUACCGGUUCUGUUCUCGUGUUGAUAAUGCUGUAUUCCAUCCCCUGCCCAGAGGCGACGAUGGCUUGGAUGUUUUUUCCAUGAGUGACCAAAAAGUCGUAGCCCUUGAGAUCCAUGUCACCAACUUUCCUUCGGAUGCAGCUGAGCCACAGCGGGAUGGAGACGAUGCCCACGAAGCCAUGCUGCUUGUCUCUCUGCCACCUACCUUGUCUUAUUCUGCUUUGCGCCUCUAUGAUGCCAUGGAGAAGGCCCCAACCUGUAUGUCUAACCAGAGUGCCUCUUAUAUGGAAUGCGAGCUUGGGAACCCCAUGAAACGUGGAGCACAGGUCCGGUUCUACCUUGUUCUGGAAACCUCAGGCAUUACCUUGGAGACCACCGAGCUGGAAGUAGGGCUAGAACUUAGCACGAUCUCGGAGCAGCCUGGGUUGGCCCCAGUGCUAGCACGUGCCCACGUGAUCAUGGAACUUCCUCUCUCUGUUUCUGGAGUGGCCGAACCAAAUAAGCUCUUCUUCAGUGGGGUGGUGCGGGGUGAAAGUGCCAUGAAGAGGGAACGUGAGGUGGGCAGUCCUGUGCUUCUCCAAGUGACGGUCUCAAACCAAGGCCAGUCCCUGAAGACGCUGGGCUCAGCCUUCCUCAACGUCAUGUGGCCCCAUGAAAUUGCAAAUGGAAAGUGGCUCCUCUACCCACUGAAGCUGGAGCUAUCAUCCCAGCCUCAGCAUCGCACGAUCUGCAGCCCAAAACCCAACUCACUGAAUCUGGCUCUGGAGCCUCUUCACCAAGGUAGGAAGAAGCGAGAGGCCGAGCCGCCUGAGGUGCCCACUAGCCGGCCACUGACUUAUUGGGGAAAGCAAAAAAAUGUCACAUUGGACUGUGCUGUGGGUACUGCUCAUUGCCAGCUCUUCCAGUGUCCUCUCUACAGCUUUGACCGUUCAGCUGUGCUCAGCAUCUGGGGCCGUCUCUGGAACAGCACCUUCCUAGAGGAGUACUAUGACACGACAUCGGUGGAAGUGAUUGUUCGAGCCAGCAUCACCGUGAAAUCUACCAUUCGCAACCUGGUUCUGAAGGAUGCCACGGUGCAGAUCCCAGUGAUGGUCUACUUGGAUCCCAGCAUAGCCGUGGCACGAGGCGUGCCUUGGUGGAUCAUCCUCAUUGCAGUACUAGCUGGGAUCCUAGUGCUGGGGCUGCUCGUCUCCAUCUUAUGGAAGCUUGGCUUCUUCAAACGUACCCGCUACCAUGAAGACAAAGUGCCGCAGUAUCAUGCAGUCAAGAUUCCUCACCAGGAGCGCCAGCUUUUCCGUGAGGAGAAGACGGGCACCAUUACCAAGAAGGACUGGGUCACUAACUGGAAUGCGGAGGGCGAUGGUCACGUUCCUGUCUCGGCCUAGAUACAUCCCUGCCCUGGCCUCCCUGUGGCAUGCUUCUGAUUGGCAGAGAGAGCUGCCACUGGAUAAACCUUUGUGUUGGCACCAGCCUGGCUGAUAAUAGGGUUCCUUGCCUGCUCUCCUCUCUGGAAGAUCUGCGGACACUGGACUGCCCCUUUCUUGUGGGGGAUUCAGCAGAGAUUCAGGGGGACACGUGCUUAGCCAUGGAGGUUACGGUGACAGAUUAUGCAAAGCCAAAGGUUGCUAAGGAUAAUUUUUUUUCUGGUAUUCUGCUUUUCCUUGCAAAGCUGGGCAGCAGCCAUGUGGAAAACUGAACGAGCAGCAGGAGGAACCCUCUAUUUCUAGUUUCCUAAAGCGUUUAUCUGCUGGGAAAAGAACUUUGCAUUUUGCUGCUGAGAGUUGGAAUAGCAUCUAUCACUGUCUACUCUGCUGCAAAUGGGGCAUACAUUUGCUACAAGACCUGAUUCUUUGGGAAAGAGAAGAACCUGGAUUCCUUGGGUGUGUUAGAGGGGUUCAGAGCCAAAAAAACCCCC